AUGCCUUUAGCUGAACUCGAAGAGGCUGACAAUGAGAUGAGCUCAUCGGCUGCGGGUGCCAUGAGAACCCCUGGAGGAAGUGACCGCCAUCGUCGCAAUGCGCCAAUUGUUCGCCCUCCGCCAUCAUCACGCGAGGAAAACAAUAAUGAGGAGAUGCCGCGCAAGCUAAGCCAGUAUGAGAUCGUCACCGAGCCUUGGAAGAUGUGGAGAAGAGCUCAUCGGCUGCGGGUGCCAUGA